GAAUUUCGGAACCAAAUGUCUAAUGUAGCAGCGGCAUUAAGGGAAAUGAAGCGCGUAGAUGAAGAAUUGAAAAGGCGAGAUGGAAUGUAUGGACAAUUAACCAGUAUCAACACAAAUACUCUUGCUGAUUGUGAGAGAUUAAUACAAGAGGAACUAAGAGUUCUGGCUCAUAUUUCAGAUAACAUUCAAACCGAGCCAAUUAACGAUAAUAAUGAAAGCAAUACUACCAGACAUUCAAUCCAACAGGACUCCGUUGACCUGGACAAUAUAUUUGACUUCUUAUGCGAAUCAAAUGGAUCAUUGGAUAAUGCACUAAUUGGAGAUAUAAAUGACAACAUAAAAAAGUUGGUUAAAUAUCUUGACGCAGAAGAGGCAUUGUGUGUGCAGACCGAAGACGUGGCAAAACUUUUUACAUCAAAGGUCGUCCGGUCAAUUCCAGAACCAACAGUACCACCCCCACCGCCGCCCGUAUCUAUAAAUGCAAAUUUAAAUUCUGAGCCCAUAUAUGAGGCAAUAAACUCAUACAAGCUAACAACAACCAAAGAAAUAAAAAAGGAAAAGUACAUGUUACAUGAUUACAAAAGCAUUAGAGAUAACAGUAAGAAGUCCACUCCCUCUACUGCAGUUUUUGUAAAAUAUCAAAUUGAUGAACGUGAGAAUAGACGAAAACAUAGAGUGGAAAAAAAAAUUCAUGAACUAACAUUUAAUAAUAGUCACAAAGAUAUUUACAUCGAUGAUUCCUUUUAUAAUAUUUUAGAAUUUGCCGAAAACUAUUUUAAUACACAUGACAAUUCAACUGAACAUAACUUUACACCGACACAAAAGGGAACAAGUUCCGAUAUGUUGGUAAAACACAACAUGACAAUGUUUUCUAAGUCAGACAAAAUUCCAACAUCACAUAUACACAUGUAUGAUCCUGAGAAUGUUUUAUUGUCGUGCAACAUGUUUCGGGAACUCUGUAAAUACAUGCGGGGAGAACUUAAUGCAGAGCGUGAACUGCACAUAAUUCAGUAUAUUAUUGGAUUGGGCAUUGAGAGGGAAGAAUUACGAGACGAAAUAUUUAUUCAAUGCAUUCGUCAAUCAAGAAACAACCCAAAUAUUGAUUGGACAGACAGAAUUUGGCUAAUUUUGUGUCUUUCCAUUGUUGCUUUUCAACCGAGUAAACUUUUAUUCAG